AUGAGUGCCAGCACCGAUAGAGUACUCGCAAAGCCAGCCGGCCUCUGCUGUCUCAAAGGCUCCAUUCACUCCGGGCAGCCACAGGGAAAGACAGAGCAGAUAGAUGGUGUUGAAACAUACAUCGCUACCCCAGACCCCAAGAUUGCAAAUGGCAACGUCUUGCUUUUCUUUCCUGAUGCAUUCGGCUUGUACGUGAACAGCCACCUCAUGAUGGACGCCUUCGCCUCGUGCGGCUAUCUGACCCUCGGCGUGGAUUAUUUUCUUGGGGAUCCCGUCUGGAAACACACUUGGUCUCCACUCAAGGACACAAGUUUCGACAUGAACGCUUGGAAAGAGAAACAUCACAAGAGUUCUGAGGAAAUUGCUGCAAAAUGGACCGCGGCUGUAAUGUCCCGAUACGGCACGUCUGAGAAGACCAAAUUUGCCUGUGUGGGUUACUGCUGGGGUGCACGAAUUGUUUGUCAACAACUCUCCAAAGAUGGAAUCUGCAAAGUGGGGGCAAUAGCUCAUCCGUCCUUUAUGAAUGAAAGCCAUGUCUCUGCCGUCGAAGCUCCGUUAUAUAUCGCUGCACCCAGUACGGAUUCGCUGUUCUUGCCUGACGCACGCGCUCGAACAGUCGAAAUCCUGACACAGAGCGAGAAGAAUUUCAAUAUGCAAAUAUUCUCGAACGUCACCCACGGCUUCGCGACACGUGGCAAUCUUACCGACUCUUACGAAAAAUGGGCCAAGGAGCAGUGUUUCGAGAACUUUGUUGAAUGGUUUGACUAUUGGUUGUCGCAACAUGAAGUCCCCGCGAAGGCGGAUUAG